CGACACAUUUCACACGUACAUGAACAAACAAGAACAUGAACAAGUUAAAUAAAAUGUAUACAUCAGCCAGAGCGUUUUCUCUUGCUACAAAACAUGUGAAGACUCCACCCAUCAACCUAGAGAUGGCUCUGGUGAAAGGAUCGAAAGAUAUCUCCGCACUAGUGGAUCUAUACAGCAACACAUACAUGAAAGAAGAGCCUAUGGUGAGAGCUGCGGGGAUAACUGACUUGAGGGAGCUGACGUCGUUCGUCAGCACGGCACUGGAGAGUCAGCACUCGGUUUUGCUAAGGGAGAGAUCGAGUGGUGAGGUGGUAGCAGCGGCGAGUGGUGGACCCGUCACGUCCGACACUCAUGAGCAUCUCCGUUUCUACGCAGAUCGGACAAUGAAAGAGCCUCGCAGCCAGCGCCUUGUGCAUCUCUGGGCCGACGUCAUGUUUCAGUCCCGUCAGCUACAGAGCCUACACCUGUCUACACUCUGGGACGUGUCGUUCCUCGCCACUACACCACGCAUGCGCAGACUAGGUCUUGCGCAGUUCCUGGUGACUCAACAGCGCCGACUCGCCACCAGACUGGGCUACAGCGCACUCUCACUCUACAGCGCAUGUCCCCACACGGCGCAGCUGGCUCUCAAGCUCGGGUGUCACGGGCUGGGGGCUCGGCCCCUCGGGAGCUACCAUGACUCUACCGGAACACCUUGGGUGGCAGGAGAAGACCUGGUGGAGUUCUUCUACUGCGUGCUACAACCUAGAAGAGACGGCACACAACAUACUACACAUAACGCUGAAUAUACUAACCAGUUUAAAUAG